AUGAACCUCAUCCCUCCCUCUGUGCAGCCCUUUUGUGGGAACCCCACUCGACGACCUUCGGGGUCUGACCUUCACCUUGUGGAAGACGGACUUCUUGUCCCAAGAGGCGUCCGUGACCUUGCUCAGUUCUACUCUGCACCGCACUGCGCCCUUCAAGGUAAUUCCAUCGAAGCUCUCAACAUCAGCAAGAUGUACCUCGAGCUCGAUCAAGUCAAACACUCUGAGCUCUACAUUGUGGACCCGACUCUGUCGGAGACCGAUCGUGAUGCGCGUCUCGCUGAAAUCAAGGCGCACACGACCGCCAUUCAACGCGAGGUCAUUGCCCAUGAGGCGACAAAGAAACUUGCGAAUCAACCGUCUGCGGCGCACACUUACGUGAUAUCAGCCAUCUCUACCCACCUUCGCCGCCUCUAUCAGGCCACUACGUGUCCGUACGAGCUCUUUGAGCACAUCAAGACUCGUUUCGAGUUCAACCCCAUGGAAAACAACCCCACCGUGGUUGCCAGCUAUCUGCGUACUCACGAGUUCACGGAUGAUGGUUGUAUUGGCACUCUCCCCGUGGAACGCUUUGACCUUGUCAAGCGCUACCGUAUAUCUAUGAACCCACCGUCCUUCAAUUCUCUGCAUCCAUCGGCGAUUUCGUCCGUCGACUACCACAACCAUAUUUGGAACUAUUACACUCUGUGUGCGAUGUCGGACACCAUUAUUGGUGAAAAGGAAUUGUUUAAGGUGCACCACGACCUCACACUGGCCUAUUGUCUAUGGCGGAACGGCACAGUGCAACGCAUGAAUCGCGACAUCCUCCAAGUCAUACGAGUGAUGUUACGGGACUACCAGUUGGACGAAAAGGAAUGGCACUACCUCCUACCGGUGGUGCAGUUCAACUUCAACCAAACGCCGACAUUGUCAUUAGCCAACAAGUCCCCCAUGGAACUCUUCACGGCCCUCAACCCAGCGACCCCUUUGGACGUCGUCCAAAGGGGUCGCUGCGUGAAGGGAUCUCUGCGAAGUCAAGUGGCAACACUAGGACAUCCAGAAGAACAACGCGAAGCCCAUACGUUACGCGUGAAGAUGUAUGCUGAAGUUGAAGUCACAGAUGAAAUCCUCGAACAUGUAUUCGAGCAAGGCAUUGUACUGAAGGUCAAAUCCAUCGCGGGACACAAGUUUGUCCCGGAUGUGAGCGACUUCAUGUUGGAAGUGUUCUGGGAAGGCUUUGAAGACAUCGAAUCAUCAUGGGAGCCACUCAAGAAGCUAAUGCGGGAAUGGCCAGCCAUGGUCAAAGCGUAUGUGGCGGCCAAGAAGAAUGCCGAAGACCACGAGAUAUUGACCAAGGCGAUGAAGCGAGCAAUUGUGGCAAAGUAG